UCUUUGUCCUCCGCCGGCACGCUAGAGACGAGUAUGCGCGCGCCCGCGUGUUGGCGUGCCCGUGUGCGCGCGCCCCCAGCUACGCCGGAAUCCCGAGGAACAGCCCGCACCUCACCGAGGCCUGCGGGCGUCCAGUCACGUGGCUUCCGACUUGUUGUCUGAGCUUGAGUUUUGAAGGCGGAGCUCUCCUGCAUCUCUGGAUGUCUUUGGCUGCCAGCCUAGCUCCGUCCCCGCUGAAGGGCUGGGACCCCAUGGCUGGAGAGGAGUGUGUGAUAACUUGAAACUGAGUGGAGCCACGGGAUAAUGAUGAAAGUUGCCGCUUGCUUCUGAGGAUAAACGUGAGAGCUGUCACAAGGAGAGCUGCCCUGUAAAAGGAAACUACUAAGGAAUUCAUUCUCAGUGGAAAAGAUCUAGCUGAGACCUGACACCAGAGCUUCGGGACAGAAGCAGAACAGACGCAGGAUAGAACAGAUCUCAGACUUGCAAAUCAUACUGCACAGGCAUCAGAAAAUGACCAUGUUACAGGGGUCCUUCUCAUUUGAAGAUUUAUCUGUGGACUUCACCCAGACGGAGUGGCAGUUACUGGACCACUCUCAGAAGGACCUGUACAAGGAUGUCAUGUUGGAGAACUACAGCAGCUUAGUGUCACUGGGGUAUGAACUUAGGAAACCUGAUGUCAUCUUCAAGUUGGAGCAAGGAGAAGAGCCGUGGAGAGGAGAUGGAGAUACUCCAAGUUCAGACUCUCCAGAACAAGUCUUGCAAGUAAAUGGUCACAUGAUUUGGCCACAGGAUAACCAAGAGAAGCUUAAAAAUAUGAAACAAAAUCAUGACUAUGAUGCAUUUGGAAAACAUUUCAAUGUGAGCAUGAACUUUGUUCCUUUAAGGAAAUCAAACAAUGAAUGUGCCAUAAAUGGAUUACUUUUUAACCAUCAUUUAGAUUUACUUAUUCCAAAAGCAGAUUAUGGAAGAAUGGAACCAGAUGACUUAAAUGUAUUUGAUGAAUUGUUUCUCCAUACCAAGCCUGAGGAAACCGAUACUUGGUUAAGGUACUACGAAUGUGAUAAGUAUGAUAAAGUUAGCUCUAAGAAGUCACAGAUCAUAAUUUAUCACAGAACUCGAUCAGGGGAGAAACUCUAUGAAUGCAGUGAGUGUAGGAAACGCUUCAAUAAGAAGUCAAGUCUCAUGAAACAUCAGAGCAAACACUGGAGAGAAACAGCCUUUGGCUGUGGUAAGUGUGGCGGAACCUUUCCGCAGAAGGCACAGUUUAUCACGCAUCACAGAAUUCACACAGGUGAGAAACCGUAUAAUUGUAGCCAGUGUGGGAAGGCCUUCUCCCAAAAGUCACAGCUUACAUCCCAUCAGAGGACACACACGGGAGAGAAACCGUAUGAGUGUGGUGAAUGUGGGAAGGCCUUCUCCCGGAAGUCACACCUUAUAUCACAUUGGAGGACACACACAGGAGAAAAACCCUAUGGAUGCAGUGAGUGUGGGAGGGCCUUCAGUGAAAAGUCAAAUCUCAUCAACCAUCAGAGGAUUCACACAGGAGAGAAACCUUUUGGAUGCAGAGAAUGUGGGAAGGCCUUCAGCAGGAAGUCUCAACUUGUUACCCAUCAUAGGACUCACACAGGAACCAAACCCUAUGGGUGUAGUAACUGUAGAAAAGCCUUCUUUGAGAAAUCAGAGCUUGUUAGACAUCAGACGAUUCAUACAGGAGAGAGACCCUAUGAGUGCAGCGAAUGUCAAAAAGCCUUCAGAGAGAGGUCAAGUCUCGUGAACCAUCAGAGAACCCAUACAGGAGAGAAACCUCAUGGAUGCAUUCAGUGUGGGAAGGCCUUUUCCCAGAAGUCACAUCUCAUAUCACAUCAGAUGACACACACAGGAGAGAAACCCUUUGUGUGCAGUAAAUGCAGGAAAGCCUUCAGCAGGAAAUCCCAGCUUGUUAGACACCAGAGGACUCACACGGGAGAAAAACCGUAUGAAUGCAGGGACUGCGGGAAAGCCUUCAGUGAAAAGUUAAGCCUCACUAAUCACCAGAGGAUUCAUACAGGAGAGAAACCCUAUGUGUGCAGUGAAUGUGGGAAAGCUUUUUGUCAGAAGUCACAUCUUAUAUCACAUCAGAGGACACAUACAGGAGAGAAACCCUUUGAAUGCAAUGAAUGUGGGAAGGCCUUUGGUGAGAAGUCAAGUCUUGCAACGCAUCAGAGAACUCAUACAGGAGAAAAACCCUAUGAAUGCAGGGAUUGUGAAAAAGCCUUCUCCCAGAAGUCACAGCUCAACACUCACCAGAGAAUUCAUACAGGUGAGAAACCGUAUGAAUGCAGUCUUUGUAGGAAAGCUUUCUUUGAGAAAUCAGAGCUAAUUAGACACCAGAGAACUCAUACAGGAGAAAAACCUUAUGAAUGCAAUGAAUGUAGAAAAGCCUUCAGAGAGAAGUCAAGUCUCAUCAAUCAUCAGAGGAUACACACAGGAGAGAAGCCCUUUGAAUGCAGUGAAUGUGGCAAAGCGUUCUCCCGGAAGUCACACCUCAUACCACACCAGAGGACACACACAGGAGAGAGGCCCUAUGGAUGCAGUGAAUGUAGGAAGGCUUUCUCUCAGAAGUCACAGCUUGUUAAUCACCAGCGAAUUCAUACUGGAGAGAAACCUUAUCAGUGCAGUGAAUGUGGGAAGGCCUUCUCCCAAAGGUCACAGCUCAUUAAUCACCAGAGAACUCAUACAGUAAAGAAAUCCUAGGAAUGGAGUAAAUAUUAGUCUUUCACAGAGGUCUUACGUCACUGUACUUCAGGAAAUGCACUCCCAGUAAACGUUAGGUACUUAAAUCACAUAUGUCUGAAUACUCAUGGAAAUUCUGAAUGAGGUUAUGUAGGGAAAACUUUCAGCAGAUUAACAUGUUUACACAUCAGCAUUCUUAGGGAAGAAUGAGCCUAUGAAGUACAGGGGGUUUCAGAAACCUAUCAAACUUCAUACAGUAGAAAACAGCAAAGAGGAAUACUGUGGAUAUCAGAAAGCCUUCCAGAGGUCAAGUCCUAUUAGCUGAUGGAAGUACUCCCACUGGGAUAAAUGCUAGUCCAGUGAGUGGAGGAAAACCCGUGAAUGCAGCAAGUGAGAAUAUUUUCAAGAAAUGAAAGCUUGUUUGUACAUAGGAAAAUAUCUUCAGGAAUGAAAUCCUAUGAAAAUACUAAAUACAGAACAAUUGUCAGCAAGUUGUCCAACUAUAUUAUAUUUUGGAGAAUUCAUAUUGUGGGUAAACCUAACAAAGACAUCGGAAAUAAUGUGUCCCUAUAGAAACAUUGCUGUAAAGAGAAACCACACACUUUUUAUAGACCUGGGUAUACCAAAAAUACCCAGUUCUCCAUGGCUGAUGUUCACUCUGAAGUAUGAAAAUUUAAAAAUAUGUGAAUAAAUUGAAUCAUUGAAACAUCUAAGGAAAAAAUUUCUCAUUGGUAUGGCUUAUUUUCCUGUGUCACGUGAUGUGUUUUAUAUUUUGGAAUUGCUUAUGAUAAUGUAAUUGGGAACAUGAAAUGCACAUGCCUUGCCUUGUAGUGCCUCCAAUGUCUGUCAAGACACACCAUAUGUCACUGAUUUUUCUAUUUUAAUGAGACUAUAAAAAUGGUAGCUAAUAUGUUGUUGCUAAGUAAAUAGCUCGUUUCCUUAUGAUUUGUCAGCUUAUAAAAGCCAACAUUAUAUAAAGUCCUUGACAUCCUCAGAGCCUGAAAAACAGUUUAUAAAAUAAACCUUGUUGAUAAGUAUGCAAAAGCAGUAGCCAUAGAAUAGCUGCAGUAAUUCAUGAUAAAUAGUGAGCAAAAGAAAGGAGGUGUGCAAACUGGAUUACUCUGCACCCAAACUAAAUGGCAGUAAUGCUGUGCAACAAACUUAUCUCAUUUAGUGAGAUUCCCCCAUGCAUCAAGUGUAUCUACAUCUUAAGUGCUAUGUAACCCAGGUACAACUGGUAAUAUUUUAAUUUGCUCUGAUGAAGUGUGGAGGUGGUAUGCUUCUAUUAUGUUUUUGGUAUUUCAUAAAGAAUCUUGUAAAAAAUGAGAUGGAGAAACCAAUUAUUUAAGUCACUUCAGAAAGUAUAAAAUAGAGAAUUUUGUGGUGAGAAAUAUAUUUUUGAUGUUUUCAAGGAGGCCUGUUUUGCUUUCCUGCAAAUUUCUGUGAUUAAUGGAUAAGUAUUAGGAAAGAAUAUGUUCAUUAUUUCAUCAUGUGAAAUAUUUGUGUUCACCUUCCUACACUAGUGGCAUCAUCCAUGUGGGAAACUUCCCAUUGUAAAUGUCCCAUUACGUAAGUAUGGUUACCUUUGAAAAUGGAUGAACCAUUUCUUAGCUUAGUUAGAAUUUUGUAGUGAUCUCUUUAUAAUGUUUGACAGAGUCAACAGUAUAUUUUGUAUAAUGGUGAAAAUGAGAGAAGUGCAACAUUGACCUUGUAUCCAAAUCAAGACUUCUCUCAUGCACAGGGUGUUUUUUGAGUACAGUGUAUUGCAUGGGCAACUCUAGCAGUGAUUUUUCUUUUACCAAUUUUACAUCAUUGUUGAAAAAUUGGGACUUAAAUUAGAGUAAUUUCUAACCCACUGUGGCAGAAUUUCAACGUCCAGGUAAUCCUGUCUUUCCAUGUGGUAAUUUUAAGAGCAUCCAAUUUCUCAAGUUUUUAUUCAUGCUCAAAUUCAUAGACUUCCUACUUUUCACCUGAAGGUCAUUUUACCAAAUAAGGGAAACAGACUGUAAAUAAAGAAGAAAUUAAAGGGUGAUGUUUUACUUUAUGUUUUCUAUCAAUUAUGAUUCUCUUCCCUAGUCCCAGAGAUUGGUUCAUUAGGUCUUCAGCUCAGAAGUCUAAAAUUUUCUAAUUUUGCUUCCUUCAAUUCUAGAUUAUUUCCUUGACUUUUCAGCACUAUUCCCUUCAAUUCUAGAUUAUUUCCUUAACUGUUAGCUACUAUUAUUCCUAAACCUAAACCUAGUACUUCAUUCUGCAUGACCCUAUUGAUUUAAUACCCAAGAGUGAAAUUUUUUUCUAAGGGUCAGGUGUAAGUCACAAGGCUUAUGCCGGCAAGAGAAGUCUAGUUAUCAGAUUAACUGAUGUGGCGACCCAAAUAUGUAGAACUCACUGGGAGCUUCCACUGUUGUAACGUAUCAAGAGAGGGCUGUGAGUCUGAAACUAGAGAUUUGUAGUGUUCAUUAAAAAUGUUAACCUUUGUAAACCCCACAUCAAGGAGAAAGUCAGUUUUAAAAUUAGACCAGGUUUACUUAUGGUUUCUUGAAGCACAGUAAGUUACAUUGAGAGGAAAUCUAAUAUAGAAGCAUCACUUUUCCUUUCUUUGGGUGCCAUCCAGGUUCUAACACUGGCCUAGAGACAGUCCUGCAAACGACAGUUUGUGUUGUUUUCCUAAGUAAUGGGCCUGUUGGAGGUCCAGUUUAUGAAUUUUGAGACCUGUCCCAGGAGUGCCUUAUGUUUAGCUUUUCUUUGUGGGCUUUCAUAGUCUGACAGUUACUUGGUUUCAGUAGCAUCACUUGUAGAACCCAGAGAUGAAUUCAAAGACUUCCCGAUUUAUCAUAUGUAUUACAGCAGAACAGAGACCAAUGGGCACUGGAAUUUACAUCUGAUCACUUAUUCCAGCAGUGUAUGUCCUGGCUGUCAAUUUCAGUGGGCUCAUUCAUCUACAGAUAUGGUACCAACAUGUGUUCAGAUGCUCAGCACCUAAUCCUGGCCACAAUGCUGAUAAACUAACAACCAUGACCCUUGCAGCUGUAUGCAUAUUUUUUGCACUUUGCUCUUACUCUUCUUUAAUCCAUUUUUCACAUUUACACAUAGUAGUUACCUUAAGAUGCAGUCCUGAUUACACACUUGAGUGAGAGAUGUGGCUAAUUGUGGAAUUUCCUUAGGGUAUGCGGGGACUUCAUACAAAUCCAUGCCUGUCCAUUGUUUCUGAGUAUUUCGUCCUGCACAAUAAUACUUUGGCCUCCUUGAACUAUUUUCAGUUCCUUGAGGUUUCUAUAAUCUCUCAUUUUAGGCUUUUUGUAGAUCAACUGCCUCCAAAAUGCCUUUGUUCCUUGUUAAUGACUGUGGCCUAUAUGGACCUGUGCAUGUAUUCAUCACUGUGAUAAUAUAACUAUUGCAUGCUUUAUCUUUUACAUUAGAAGGUUUCUGGAAAGAUGGGACUCUCGUUUUCUACGUAAUUGUAGCAACUGAAGCUGUAAUACAUAAAUGUGAGUGCUGUCAGUGGUAGGGUUUUCUACUACAUAGUGAAGCAUAGUCUACGAUGAGAAAGAAGAAUGCAGCCAUCAUGGAAGCCGUCAAGGCACAGUCCUGAUUGAGUCUCAGCAUCUGGUUCUUGUCUUGAUGUCCAGAGUCAUCUCUGCCCUUUUUCAGGCCUUGAUUGUUUCUGUGGGGUAUCCCAAAUACCCACCUAAUAAAUCCCCAUGAUUGCUUC